GCAAAGAACACAUGUGUCCAUGAACUCGCAGCUUUUACAGAUUUUUAUCUAUCUUCCACAAAAUUCUCUCGUAACGGAGAGAAAGAUUAAAAAAAGAGAGAGCUUGUUUUCUUUUUUGGAGCUUUCCCUUUUGUCUAUCAAGCUCACCACCGAGGAGAAAAUAUCUUCCUCUUCUUCUUCUUCCAUUAACCUCUCUCAAAGUAAGUAAGAAGAAAAAAAAGACCCAAAAUCCAAAUGCCAUGUACACAUCUUCCUCUUCUUCUUCUUGUCCUCGUGUUUCUUUUCCCACUCUCUGCUUGUGCAAAGAACAACAAGGCCAUCACCAUCAUCAAAGGAAACCAGACGAUUCUGAGUCUCCAAAGCAUUUUCCGGCUUGGCUUCUUCAUCCCCUCCACCAAUGGCAAUUGGUAUUUGGGUAUCUGGUAUGCAUCUUCACCCAAACCCGUUUACGUCUGGGUCGCCAAUCGCAACCGCCCCGUUUCUGAUCCAGACUCCUCCACACUCGAGCUCACCUCCACCGGCUACCUAAUCCUCAGCAACUCCCGCGACGGCGUCGUUUGGCGAACCGACAACAAAGAUCCAGCCACCGGUUACCGCUUCUCCGACUCCGGUAACCUGAUUUUAACCGGAAAAAACGGUUCCCCGGUUUGGCAGAGCUUUCAAAACCCAACCGACACGUGGCUCCCGGGCAUGAACGUCACGAGUCGAACCGCUUUCACCUCGUGGCGAACCCCCUCGGACCCUUCCCCGGGGCUUUACUCGCUGAGGCUGAGCCCGAGCUUCAACGAGUUCCAGCUUCUCCACAACGAAACGACGCCGUACUGGUCAACAGGGAACUGGACGGGAGAAUCCUUCCUAGGCGUCCCGGAGAUGACCGUUCCUUACAUCUACAGCUUCCACUUCGACUACCCCUACACUCCCGCGGCGUCGUUUCGUUACAUCGUCACGCCCACCUCCGACUCUGCCCCAGGGGUCGGCCAGCCGCGCCUCUCCCGGUUCGUGGUCGACUCCAACGGCCAGCUCAAGCAGUGGACGUCGGAGAUGCAGAACUGGAUCACGUUCUGGUCGCAGCCCGAGGAUCAGUGCCGCGUUCACGCCCUCUGCGGCCAGCUAGGCUUCUGCAGCAGCACCAGCAAGCUACUCACCCCCUCUGCCUGCAUGUGCAUCCGCGGUUUCCUCCCCAAGAACGCCGCCGCCUGGGAAUCUAUGGAUUACAGCGACGGAUGCAGCCGUGAAUACGGCGACUCCUGCGACGGGAGAGAUACUUUCGAGGCGGUGGGAGAUCUCCGGUACGACGGCGUUGUGCAGAUGUCGCGGUUACAGCAGGUAAGCAAAAGCUCUUGCGAGAAAAGCUGCUUGGGUAACUGUUCUUGCGUUGGGUUUUAUCAUAACUACAAGUCGAAUCUCUGCAAAAUGUUACUCGAACCGCCGAUGAAUAUCAAGAACUCCAGCUCCUGGACUGGAACCACCGACGAUGUUCUGUAUAUAAGAGAUCAGAUUAAAAAGAGCUCAAAGAGAAGCGUUUCUACAUCCAUUAUUAUACUCUGCUGCGUCGUCGGGUCUAUCUCAGUUCUCGGGUCUACUUUAUUUGUGCUAUUGAUUCUCUUGAGGAAGAGCGAGAAGACAAAGAAAGAAGAGGAAGAUGGUUUUGCUGUGUUGAAUCUGAAGGUCUUCUCUUUCAAGGAGCUUCAUAAAGCUACCAACGGGUUCUCGGAGAAGCUCGGACACGGCGGUUUCGGCGCUGUUUUCAAAGGUACGUUACAUGAUUCUUCAACCUUCGUGGCUGUGAAGCGCUUAGAGAGACCUGGAAGCGGCGAGGGAGAGUUCCGGGCAGAGGUGUGCACCAUUGGGAACAUUCAGCACGUUAACCUCGUUAGGCUUCGAGGUUUCUGCUCAGAGAAUCUUCACAGGCUUCUUGUCUAUGACUACAUGCCAAACGGAUCGUUGAGCUCCUACUUGUCAAGAACAAGUCCCAAGUUGCUAAGCUGGGAAACGCGUUUCAGGAUUGCCUUAGGGACUGCGAAAGGGAUUGCGUAUCUGCACGAAGGGUGUAGGGACUGUAUCAUUCACUGUGAUAUCAAACCGGAGAAUAUUCUCUUGGACAGUGAUUACAACGCUAAAGUAUCUGACUUCGGACUGGCCAAGCUCGUUGGCCGUGACUUCAGCAGGGUUCUUGCCACUAUGAGAGGUACAUGGGGAUACGUUGCUCCUGAGUGGAUAUCGGGUUUACCCAUCACGACUAAAGCUGAUGUGUAUAGCUUCGGAAUGACACUGUUGGAGCUUAUCGGUGGUCGAAGAAAUGUAGUUAGCGAUACACCAGGAGGAGAGAAAGAGGAGAAAGAACCCGAGAAAUGGUUCUUUCCUCCAUGGGCAGCGCGUGAAAUCAUACAAGGAAAUGUGGACUCGGUUGUCGACGCUAGACUCAACGGAGAAUAUAACAGUGAAGAGGCGACGAGGAUGGCCACGGUGGCGAUAUGGUGCAUACAAGACAAUGAAGAGAUAAGGCCGGCAAUGGGAACGGUGGUGAAGAUGCUUGAAGGAGUUGUGGAGGUGACGGUUCCUCCACCGCCUAAGUUGAUACAAGCUCUUGUCUCAGGCGACUCAUAUAAUGGAGUGGGCAAUGGUUUGAGCGGCACAAGUUGUAGUGAAGGCAGGGGUUGUUCUGAUCUCAUGACUGGAUUGUCUAGCCCUGGCUCACGGUCGUCUUUCGGUGGUAAACCUCCUCCUUCUCUCUGAUCAGUCUGUAGAUGGUUUUUUUAGAAAACGGUCUUAAAUGUGUGUGUGUGUUUUUUUUCUGCUCUCUAAGAGGGUUUAAUUAGUAGUAUAAUCUCUAGUUGUUGGUAGUGUGGAGAAUGAAGCCUUGAUUUGUCAUUUGCUAUUAAUCAAAAGGAAAAGGAUGAGAUUUAGUCAA